AUGGACAGCCCCGACCCGCCUGCGCACCUCGCGCACGCCGAGUCGGCCUCGCACGAGCUCCGCCGUCGCCAUCUCUCCACGUCGCACAGCACCGCUCCCGCCUCUCCGGCUGCACCGGCAAGCGACUCGCAUGCUCCAGUCACCAACAACGCAGAUGACGGCCCAUACGGCAAGACCCCCGACGGCACCGUCUUCAAGAUCCCGCAGACGCACAACAUGCUCUCGAGCCUGUUCGACCCGCGCUUCCCCAAGUCGAACAUCGACCUCUUGACCCUGUUCCUCCUCGGCUCGCAACUCGUCCUCUUCUUCAUCCUGUCGCGCCCGGCGUCGCGCAUCUUCUUCGGCCUGUACUUUGCCCUGUGGCGCUCCGCGUACGACGCCGGACUCGGCUACGUCCUGCGCCGCCAGAGCGAGCACCGCUGGAUCGUCAAGACGGUCAAGCGCGAGGGCUGGUUCGACCUCGACAAGAAGCCCAAGGUCGCCAAGUGGGUCCGCAGCGAGCUCCGCAAGAAGAUGGGCUCCGACUACGAUCCAGAGAAUGUCCCGCUCGAGUUCAACGUGUGGAUCCUGUUCCGCCACAGCGUCGACGUCAUCCUCCUCAACGACUUCCUGUCCUACGUCCUCUUCUCCCUCUCGUUCCUCACCCUCUCGGGCCCGCCGGGCCACUCGGUCUUCUUCCACGUCCUGCGCUGGGUCGGCGGCAUCGUGCUCCUCCUGUUCAACCUGUGGGUCAAGACCGACGCGCACCGGAUCGUCAAGGACUUUGCGUGGUACUGGGGCGACGCCUUCUUCCUGUCGCUGCAGAACCUCGUCUUUGACGGCGUGUUCGAGUUCGCGCCGCACCCGAUGUACUCGGUCGGCUACGCCGGCUACUACGGCCUGUCGCUCAUCGUCGCGUCGCCGACGGUCCUCUUCGUGUCGCUCGCGGCCCACGCCGCCCAGUUCGGCUUCCUCGUAUACUUCGAGACGCCCCACAUCGAGCGCACGUACGGGCAGCGAAAGCCGCUCGCGGCGCGCACGCCGCUCCAGUACCCGGCCGCCGUCGCAGCCGACGAGGACGUCGACGAGGCGCCGGCGGCGGCUCGCGCGAGGGCCCUCUCAACGGCGUCGGACGCGAGCGUGCUCUCGACGCCGAGCAUGACCGACGGCGCGUCGACUACGACGACCGACGCCCAGGACCAGGACGACACCGAGGACGAGGCGCCGACGCCGUCGGCGGCCCGCACGACCCUCGGUGUCGACUCGCAGCAGCAGAAGAAGGCGCGCUCGCUCUCGACGACGAGCUCCGUCUUCUCGUCGAUGACGCAGACGCAGGGCGCCAAGGUCCAGCAGCACGACAACGUGCCCGUCGCGACGAGGCACGACCUCGACAACAAGUACUUCCACAAGGACCUGCUCGUCUUCAAGAACUUUGACCUCUUCCGCGCUCGCGACUUUACCACCCUCCUCGUCCUCGUCUACGCCCUCGUCCCCUCGUUCCUCCCCUCGCUCUCGCGCACGUCGCAGAUCGCGCUCCUGUUCGUGCACGCGCUCGUGUGGCGCGCCUUUCACACCGUCGCGCUCGGCGUCGCGCUCAAGAAGCAGAGCGAGCGCAAGUGGCUUGUGCGCCACUUCCUCAAGCACUACCACCACGAGCGCGAGGGCGACGCCGUCAGCGAGACGUUCGACAACUGGAAGGGCAUCUACAACUUGUCGCUGUGCAUGACCUACGUCUCGUUCAUCGCUCUCGCCUGGAAGUGCUACAGCAUCCCCGCCAACUGGGGUGUCGGCGCCGUUGUCGUGCGCCACACGCUUGGCCUUCUCCUCAUCGCGCUUCAUGUCUGGACCUCGAUGUCGACGUACGAGGCCCUCGGUCCGUUCGGCUACUUCUACGGCGACUUCUUCAUCAGCGAGUACCCGCACGAGCUCUACUACACGGGCAUCUUCCGCUUCCUCAACAACCCCGAGCGGUCCAUGGGCGGCGCGGCCUUCUUCGGCCUCGUGCUCCUCGCCGGCUCGAAGCUCGUCCUCGCCCAGGCCGUCAUCGCCAUCGUCGCUCACUGGUGGUUCCUCAGCUCGGUCGAGAACCCGCACAUGCAGCGCCUGUACGGCAACACGCUCCGCAAGGAUGCCGGCGUCACCAAGACGCUGCGCAACGCCGUUCGCCGCGUCUCGGAGCACCGCAAGGGCGACGACGCGCACAAGACGCGCCAGGACCUGCUCGACCGCAUCUCGAAGAACGUGCGCGAGGUCCAGGGCACGGUCGAGAAGGUGUUUGAGGAGACGGCCGACGCCGUCGAGGAGUUCCUCAGCAAGUCCGCACCCGCCGUCAAGGGCUACGUCCAGGACACCAAGAUCCUCCUGCAGCAGUCGGGCGAGCGCUUCGUCAUCUCGCGCGUCGCCGCCCCGGCCGACCUCGCCUCGUACGACGCGACCCAGUACUCGCUCGCGCUCCGUCCCUCGGCCUUCCCGCCCCUCGUCCCGCACGCCUCGACCUCGAAUGCGCCCGCCCUGCGCUACCACCUCGGCGAGCCCGUUCACGUCCAGUGGACGGCGCCGGCCAACCACUCGCGCAAGGACUGGCUCGGCGUGUACCGGUGCGAGGCCAACAAGAGCGAGCUCGUCACCAAGGUCAGCAGCCAGGGCAAGUGGCUCGGCGUGCACGACAACGAGUGGUCGGGCGACCGCUACGAGGGCUCGGACCGCCGCGACGACGGCGUCGGCGCCCCGAAGAAGGAGGACCAGCCCACCGGGUCCGUCGUCUUCAGCGGCAAGAAGCUCCCGUGGAGGACCGGCCAGUACGAGUUCCGGUACCACCACGACGGCAAGCACAGCGUCAUGUCCAUCUCGUCGCCGUUCGAGAUCUUUGUCGACACGCCGUCGCCCUCGACCCAGGACGACCCGGUCGCCGUUCACGAGGCCCUGACGCACAUCGUCAGCAAGACGCUCGCGCUCGACCCCGAGGCGGUCCCGGCGUCGGCUCUGCCGCUCGUCGAGGCGGCUCGCGCCCAUGCUCAAGCCGGCGCGCUCGGCCCGUCGCUCGCGAGCGCAACGUCGAGCUCGUCGCACGGUGUCGGAGUCGGCGCCGUGUCGGGCAAGGGGAAGGGCAAGGCGGCGGCGUCGUCGUCGUCGUCGGACCAGGCGGCGCUCGAUCCCGACUCGGGCCCGGCGAGCCCGACGCUCUCGACGUCGGCGGCAUCGUCGGCGUCGGCCCUCGCGAGUGGCGCCGUGUCGCCGGCCCUGUCGAGCCGCGCCGUGCCGCUGUCGGACCCGGACGACUUUGUCCUGUACUCGCUCGACGAGGCGGCGCACAUCGCGUACGCGAUCCACGUCGCGUUCGGGGUCGAGCUCGACAAGGAGGUCGUGCUCGCGGCGGCCAACGUCAAGAAGCUCGCGACGAGGGUCGCCGAGGCGAGAAAAGUGCUCGGGCUCAAGCCGGGCGAGGCGGGCACGGGCAUGAAGGCGGACCUGCGCGUCGGCUAGACGGAGCGGCGUUGGAGCUAGACGCACCUCGGGUCGAGGAGUAGACGAUUGGUGCGGCGGGCGGUGGGGCUGGCUCGGCGUCGAGGGAGGAGGGUACCCGGCCUCGCUUCAACAUGCGAGGGCGGUCGGGUCGAGCGCGUGCUCUCAAAAAGGUCUCUUUUCUCGUUCUCGUUUGCGAGAUCUGUGCUGCAACGUAGCCCAGGUGCCUCGCGCUC